AUGUCAGACGCUUCCGACCACAAGAAGGGCGCCGAGGUCGGACACUCGAGCGAAGUCGCGAGCUAUGCCGGUCACGAUCACGUCUCCGAGCCGCUCAUUCGCCAGUUCGGCCUGAUGCCGCUUCUUGGCGUUGGCCUGCUCGGCGCGGGCUACUGGGCCGGCCAGAUCGUCACCAUGGUCACGGUCCUCAGCGUUGGCGGCCCGCCCGGUCUCUUUUGGGGUAUCUUCGUUUGCGCCUUCUGCAUCCUCUGCAUCGCCAUCUCACUGGCCGAGCUUGCCUCCGCCUACCCGACCGCAGGAGGUGUCCUCGACUGGGCCUACGAGGGAUCCUCCAAGUCGAGCCGUAAGUUUGUCGCGUGGACCACUGCCUGGCUCAACACGUUUGCGUGGAUCGUCACUGCGACCACCUGGGCCUCCCUUGUCGCGCAGCAGGUGCUUGCGCUCGCCGUGCUCUACCACCCGGACUAUGUCAUCAAGCAGUGGCACACGUGGCUCUUGCUCCAAGCCGUCCUCAUCGUCGGUCUGCUCGUCAAUCUCUUCGCGGUCAAGAUCAUGCCUGCGCUCGACAAGAUCGGACUGGUGACCUUCUUCACCGGCUGCAUUGUGCUUAGCAUCACCGUCGUCGCUACCGCCCCCUCGCAUCAGUCGGCGCGCUUCGUCUUCGUCGACAUCAUCAACUCCACCGGCUGGAGCUCCAACGGUCUCGUCUGGUGUCUCGGCCAGAUCGCCACCUCGGGCGCUUUUAUCCUCAUCGACUCGCCUAGCCAUCUGUCCGAAGAGACUAUCGAGCCGGAGAAGAACGUGCCCAAGGCGAUGGUCUAUUCGGUGCUCAUCGGCACUGUAACGGGGCUGUUCGUGACGCUGUGCUUCAUGUUCUCGAUCGUGGAUGUGGAUGGUGUGCUGACGAGCGCUACGGGCGUGCCGUACAUCCAGAUCAUCCGCAACGCGACGCAGAGCAACGGCGCGACGGUGGUGCUGUCGCUCUUCAUGAUCAUCCUCUCCAUGUACGGCGCCGUGACCUCGGUGACGGUCGCAAGCCGUGUCUCGUGGGCUUUCGCGCGCGAUGGCGGUCUCCUAUUCCCGAAAACCUUCAGCAAGAUGUCGACGAGCCUCCAUGUGCCCGUCCAAUCGCUGCUGCUGUGCGUCCUCAUCUCGAGCUGCGUCGGCGUCAUCUACCUCGGUAGCAUCACUGCGUUCAACUCGUUCCUCGCCGCGCUCACUAUCCUCUUCUUCGCAUGCUACGCCAUGGUCAUCGGCUCGUUCAUGCUGAAUGGACGGUACAUCGAGAAGCGCGGACCGUACAAGCUCAGCUCGACGGUCGGUUGGACCGUCAAUGUCAUCGCGAUGGUGUACAUGAUCUUCUUCGGGGUCAUCUUCUGCUUCCCCUUCGUCUACCCGCCGACGGCAAACACGAUGAACUGGUCGAGCGUCAUCUUGGUCGGUGUGGUGCUCCUGUCAAGCGUGGGUUACGUCACUUGGGGCAGAAACAGCUACGCCGGGCCCAGUGGAGCCGUCAUGGCCGAACGCAUCGGUCAGAGUGCUGCAGCCACUGCCUGA